AUGGGUGCAGUAGAAACGCUCAUUUGCUGGGAAAACCUUGAUAUCAUUCGCUACAAGUUAAAAAAUGCAGCAGGAGACAAAACCCAUUUCACUGACAAGGAGACGGGGCAGGACAUGGAAAUUGUGGAAACAAUGCCGCUGCUUGAAUGGUUUGCGAACAAUUACAAAAGUUUCGGAGCUACUCUUGAAAUUGUUACGGACAAAUCGCAAGAAGGAGCUCAAUUCGUGCGUGGAUUUGGAGGAAUUGGAGGUCUCCUCCGUUACCGAGUGGACAUCGUCGGUGAUAUGGCUGACGAAUUUGAUGACAUUAACUUUGAUGACUAUUGA